UCUCGAGAGACCUCAGAUUAGCAAACUCAUUAGUAUGAAAACAAGCAUCAUCAUCUUAAGACUGAUUUUUCUUGCUGUGCUCUACGUACUUCUGUGAGCAGUUUGAGUUGUUCAUCUGCAGCUUGGAUACACUCAUCGGUAUGCCUGUGGGAGCUCUGGAGAGAAAACAUUUGUAGCAGGCAGACUGAAAACAGGUGCCUCCAGUGGACAUUGUAAAAGAGUUUUAGUUCAUCUGCUGACAUGGAAUGCUUUUGUGGAAAGUAAAGCCUGAUCCCUUGGCAGGAGAUGGUAACUGAGGCUUUGGUCCUGAAGGAAGACUCACAGAAUGGGGUGGGUCUCACACAUGGCUGUAUCAGAGCAGGGAGUCAAGGGAUCUCCCUCUACGAACACAGGCAUAGCUGCGAAAUUGAACCUUAACCAGCCAAACUGUGGAAGUGAUCACAUUUUUUAUGUGCCUAGUGAAGAAAAAAGUAUCCCUGACACAUUGGGUGGAGUUCUCGUGGGUGUCUAUUCCCUAAAAACCCAAGAAUUUCUGGCCAUGUGACAUACUGCCCUUGGAAACAAGACUUCUGUGAUCUUGCCGUCUAUGUGCGCAGGCCCUGGUGUACUUGUGCAGGCAUGAUUUCAUAGGACACCUUGUGAACCUUGGACAGUGUGACUUCUUUUAGGGAAGAGCUGAGAAGAUGCUUUCAGAACAGGCAGCUGUUCGAGGAACUGACAUUGUGCACAAGGAAUACGGGACACUUUAUAUUCAGGAAUACAAGAAAAACAGCAAAGUGGAGUCAAGUACAUGCAGCAGCUUCAUGGGCUUGAAGGAUCAUCUGGGGCAUGACUUAGGUCAUCUUUAUGUGGGGACCACUGGCACACAAAUAAAUGCAAUUGUACCCUGGUCAAUGGCAGAGAAGCCAACAAUGGAUAAGGUUAAUUCUAGGAAAGAAGAUGUAGACAAGGAGGCAUCUGAAGAGACUUCUGGAAGCUCCAGCUGUGACUCUGAAGAAAGCACAAAUUCUGAUAAUGAUUCAGAGAGACUGAACAAUUCUGCAUCAGAAUCACAUUUAUUGCCUAAGACUCACCGACAGCUGUGCCGAUCUCCUUGCUUAGAGCCUCAUAUACUAAAAAGAAAUGAAAUCUUGCAAGACUUUAGGAUAGAAGAAGCUCAGAUAGCACCUAAGGAAGUCAAAAAGUCCCCUGAUGUGGUGAAAGAAUAUCAAACCAAACUGGAGUUUGCACUUAAGUUGGGUUACUCUGAAGAGCAGGUUCAACUUGUACUAAAUAAACUUGGUACUGAUGCUUUAAUAAAUGAUAUUUUGGGAGAACUUGUCAAACUUGGGAAUAAAACUGAGACUGAUCAGACUGUAACUAGUGCUAACACUAGUGUAAUGCGUGAAGUGUCUUCCAUAGAGUCUCAGAGGUCAGAGUCUCCACUGCAGGAGGAUGUGGCAGAGGAUGGUGACAACCUGAGGCCUAUAGUUAUUGAUGGCAGCAAUGUUGCAAUGAGCCAUGGGAACAAAGAAGUAUUUUCUUGUCGAGGAAUCAAAUUGGCAGUAGACUGGUUUUUGGAAAGAGGCCACAAGGAUGUCACAGUGUUUGUGCCAGCGUGGAGAAAAGAACAGUCGAGACCAGAUGCUCUCAUCACAGAUCAAGAAAUCUUGCGUAAAUUAGAAAAGGAGAAGAUUCUUGUGUUCACACCAUCCCGACGAGUGCAAGGCAGAAGGGUGGUAUGCUACGAUGACCGAUUUAUAGUGAAGCUGGCCUUUGAGUCAGAUGGCAUCAUUGUUUCUAAUGAUAACUACAGGGAUCUAGCUAAUGAAAAGCCUGAAUGGAAGAAGUUCAUAGACGAACGCCUGCUGAUGUAUUCAUUUGUUAAUGACAAAUUUAUGCCUCCUGAUGAUCCUCUUGGCCGUCAUGGUCCAAGUCUGGACAAUUUUCUUAGGAAGAAGCCUAUUGUGCCAGAACAUAAGAAGCAACCGUGUCCAUAUGGGAAGAAAUGUACCUAUGGACACAAGUGCAAAUACUAUCAUCCAGAAAGAGGAAAUCAGCCUCAGCGAUCUGUAGCUGAUGAACUUCGUGCCAUGUCUAGAAGCACAGCUGCCAAAACUACAAGUGAAGGAGGACUGGUAAAAAGCAAUAGUGUUCCCUGUACCACUAAAAGUGAUGGCACUUCUGAGCUGAAGCGUGCUGCUCCAAAGAGGCAAUCGGAUCCUAGUAUAAGGACUCAAGUCUAUCAAGACUUGGAGGAAAAGCUUCCCACCAAAAACAAAUUGGAAACCAGGUCUGUACCUUCUUUAGUUAGUAUACCAAGUUCCUCUGCUGCAAAACCCCAAAGUACUGCACCUUUAACUAACGGCCUUCCAUCUGGAGUUCACUUCCCACCUCAGGAUCAAAGACCACAGGGACAGUACCCUACAGUGAUGAUGGCAACCAAAAAUCACGGAACACCAAUGCCUUAUGACCAGUAUCCAAAAUGUGAGUCUCCUGUGGAUGUAGGGUAUUACUCUAUGCUGAGUGCAUAUUCAAAUCUUAGUAUAUCUGGUCCACGUAGUCCUGAAAGGCGCUUCUCCUUGGACACAGAUUAUAGGAUUAGCUCUGUAGCUUCUGACUGCAGCAGCGAAGGGAGCGUUAGCUGUGGCAGUAGUGAUUCCUAUGUGGGUUACAGCGAUCGCUCUUACAUGAGUUCACCUGACCCUCAGCUAGAGGAGAGCUUGAAGUGCCAACAUAUGCACCCCCAUGGCCGCCUUAACACUCAGCCCUUCCUACAGAGCUACCACGAGCCUCUUACACGAAUGCAAAGCUAUAGUCACGAAGAACCAAAGCAUCACCACAAACCUCCAAUUCCAUACAUGGCUGUGCAUCUACAGCAUCCAACAGUCGGUGCUCGUUCUAGUUGUCCGAACGAUUACUCUACAUCUCAGAGUUCAUCACAUUCAAAGACCAUGCAUCUGGGGAGAGCCCUCGUGUCCACAAGAAUAGACAGCAUUUCAGACUCGCAUUUGUAUGACAAUUCUCCUUUAAGACACAGAAAGCCUUAUUCUGGCCAAGAUGGGCUUGGAAGUUGGGAUAGGCAGAGUUACGGGAUGGAUGCAUAUGGCUACCGCCAGACCUACUCCUUGCCAAGUAACCCCACACAGCCGUGUUAUGAGCAGUUUGCCUUCCAAAGCUUACCUGAACAGCAGGACCAGACCUGGCGCGUACCUUACUGUGGAAUCCCUCAAGACCCUCCAAGGCACCAAGACACCAGGGAGAAGGUGUACAUUAACCUCUGUAACAUCUUCCCCCCUGAUCUUGUGAGGAUCGUUAUGAAGAAGAACCCUCAUGUGACGGACGCUCAGCAGCUUGCUGCAGCCAUCUUAGUGGAAAAAUCUCAGCUAGGUUAUUGAGAGGUGAUGCAUCUUUGUGGUGUCUAGUAGUUUUCAACUCAGCUCUAAUGCUGAGGGAGGUUUGCUACAAUAGCAUUUGGGAUCUCCUUCUCAGCAAGGAGGUUAUAUAGUAAUCCAUUUAUGUGAAAUACUGUAUCAUGGAGUCUGUAUGUAUAGCCCCAUGCAUCAGAAGUACCAGAUAUGUUUUGUGUUCUAGUUUGAAAAUUUUCAAAUGGCUAUUUUCACAGCUGGAGAAUGUUCCAGUUUAAGUUAAUAUAUAUAUAUGUAUGUAUAAAAAAAAAAUUCUGUGGUCUCUGGAUAUAACCUUAGGUGCAUCAGGGGUUUAUAUGCAGCACUUUCUAUCCUUGUUACGUGUUGUUGGGAUUUUUGUUUUUCAACUUGCUGGAUAAUUGUCCUUGGGCUGCGUGGUAUUAAAACAACCUGCAGAAAGAGGAUUUUGCUACUUCUGGCAGGCAAUUUUCAAGCCAAGUUUUUGAACUUUUUACAACACCCUAAGUAUGUAUGUAUGUAUGUAUGUUUGGUUUUGUGAGCUUUUUUUGUGCUAUAAUCAUCUAUUUAUAGGAAACAAAGAUUUACUACAGCACUGACUUCAGUUUUUUUAAACAAAUAAUUAAGUUACCACUUAACGGUGAAAUGGGUAACAAUAUAUUGGUAAUUUAUAGUAUGGCACUUUUCAUUGCUUGCUUUGUUUUGUUUAAAUAGUUACAUGUUUUCUUGAUGCAGCCAAUUAGUAAAAUCAGAUGCAAUCAGAGGAGGGUAAAAUAUUCUUUUUUUUUUUUUUUAAACUAAUUUAUGGAUAAGGUAAAAGCCUUACUGCUUGAUUUUCAAAGGUGCUGAGAGUUUGCAGCCCCAUUUGAACCUAACAGAAGCUGCAAACGCUCAGAACCUCCCCAAACCUGGCCACCCUAUUUCAGUUCCUGUGUGUUGUUACCUAGCUCUGUGUACUUCUGGUCAGUAGAAGGGGGCCUGAAAUCAUAGGGUCCCAUUUAGUUGUUUUAUGUGAUUUUUUCUUUGUAUUGCUGCACAAGUGUACUGGAUAAAAUAUGCUUUUCAUAAAAUA